UAUUCCCCACACAACCAUUUCUGAGUAUUAUAAACGUGCAAUUACUCUUCCUCUACUAGAUCAUUUGCAAUCUUCUUUAGAAUCACGAUUCGACCUUGAGAGUGUGAAUGUCUAUAAAGGCCUUAGCAUUGUACCGACGAAAAUGAUGUCCAUGACAAGAGAUGGGGUGGAUUGGAAAGAGCCAUUCAAAACUGUGGCUAACUUUUAUUAUGAUGAUUUGCCAAAUCCUUUGGCCUUAGAUGCUGAACUUAGGUUGUGGUACACUUAUUGGGAGACCCACUGCGGCCUCCUUCCUGAUAACAUUGCCCAGACUUUAAAAUCUGUUCAUUUCGCCGGAUUUGAAAACAUUAAAAUUUUACUACGUAUUUUAGGAACGCUCCCCAUUACCUCUUGUGAAUGUGAACGAUCUAUUUCUUCCCUUAGGACACUUAAAAACUAUCAGCGAAGUACCAUGGUUGGGGAACGCUUAAAUGGUUUGGCCUUGAUGCAAAUUCAUCAGGAAAUUGUACCAGAUAUUGGUGUGUAGGCGAACUUCUGGCGCCAUAACCAGUCUGCUUAAUUCGGCUCUCACAGGGCUGUCCAUGCCGGAUCACGAUUUUUUGUUUUGCGUUAAAGUGUUCCUAGGCAUGCUGAUGAGCCCUGAUAUGGGGCGAAACAGUCUUGUGUGCAUUCAAUAUUCUGAAUAGUGAAAAUCAACGACCUUGUGAUAUGUAAGUAUAAAUAUACAAUGUUUUUAUGUAUUUAUACGAUUGAGAUCUACAAGAUUCUGCAUAGCUGAAUGAUUAGACUGUUUGAUUUAAACAAUUUAUCGAAAGCAUAAAUAGUGUAGUAUGUUUUGCAAAGUAUGACGUCAUAGGUUUAGCACUGAAUGACGUCAUAAUGUUUUGCCUAUGGUAUCCAAAAUCCUAGAUCCGCCCCUGGGUUGUAUCGAGAAAACUUUUCACAAUUGUCACAAGACG